AUGCACAGGAUGUUUAACUGUACACACAAAGGCGCAGAGAAGAUAAAGUUCUAUGAGGUUUCCCAGCUGGGAUUUAGUUGGAAUAGGGUGCGAAAGAGGCGACACAAGUCCUUAGCGUGUCGGCGUCAUUGCACAACUUACGACAUCUUUGUGCCAAGUCGUGCUAGACAUCAUUCCAAUGGCAAGAUACUUCCAGACCAGACGGCUCAGAGACCGCGCGAGAAGCUAAAGAGAAGUUGGGUGUCGAAUUGGAAGCGGUGUCAUCACGAGGGUGCGGUUUCCGCGCCUACUCCAUACGAGAGGAAAAACAAUACAUGUAUACAACUCCACACCAAUAAUGCGGGAACAGCAUACAUGCCACGGGAUCAGGGACUACACCAGUUUAUCUUGACCCUCGGAAUUGGGUUGGGUAGCUCAAAAUGA